AUGACAUACUGCAGCCCUCACGAGAGCUACUUUGAUGAGCGCCCAUCACCGUCAGAGGCUUUCGAACACGUACCGAGGUAUAUCGUAACUCUGUUGACCCAGCUCUCUCCGCUUCACUACGUCAGUCUUGACCUCAGGCACAUGACCAGAGCACAGGAGAACAUCUUUCUCAGACAGUUCAUCGUUCCAUCCGGUAGGCAAUAUCGGAUGGAGAUAGGCCUGCUGCGCCUGGCCUGCUCGGACUACCUCUCCAACAUCAUACUUUACCGUUCCAACCCGGCCGUCCUGUACGGGCUGCAGAUUGACACGGGCCUGGAAGGCGCCGUAUACUCUCAUGCAGGUAGACUGGUGGGACAGACGCUGAGGAGGCUCGCCAUACGUCUCACAUCGAGCGAGGUCGACAUUCAGGACCUUUGCAAGCUGGGCGAGUACGACCGGGCUUUCUUCCCCAUCACAUCUAAAGUUUUGCGCAAGAUUCUUGACCGUUUUCCACUCCUCGUCUGGCUUACCAUCGAUGUUGCCACGUCCAUCGAGGAGCCUUGGCUGGGAGAUCUGGGAGUUCAGAUGUGGGAUGUAAAUAAAGCUUUGUUUUCAAUGCACCCCAAAGUCGAGGCUACUAUAUACCAUAUAGCUGAGGCUAUAAACAGAUCGGAAUUUCUACGUCGGGUGGCACUGACCUGGCGCGGCAACCGAACCGACUGGCUCAUGCGCCCUGGAACGGACCCAACGCGCCCGCAAAACUUUGUCAACCUGAUUCAUGCGCUCGGUCUGGCUUGCCCAAGGCUUGAGGGGAUCGCUUUUGUCACAGAGUACAUGGUCUACUACUCGGGCCUAAGACAAAACAACGGCUCGCUGAUGGUAAAGCCCGGGAACGCGAGUAUGGACAGACCCGGGGAGUGGCCGGCGGGCCUCCGUGGACCAUUCGACUAUUCCGAGGGCGUUAUGCAGGACAUCAACUCGUCACACAAUAUGGUCUUGAGCAGAGAGAGCAGUACAAGUGCCAGUGCAGUGCCGAAUGGAGGACAAGCUCCUUCGGAUGCUACAGACUAUGGAGAAUUGGCCGAGACGAGCCGUACCGCGUUGAGUCGGAUCGCCGAGCGGAUGCUUGCACACAGGCCAGUGACUAUGCAAACCGACGAGGAGGAUUUGCUCAAGAGGUUGUACAGCGAAAGGCCAGGAUUUGGAUUGCAGACGCAGUCCGACGGUGCCAGCUGA